CAUAUGAUACUACAUGAUCACGUGAUUCUUCAAUAGGGAACUAACUUCUGAAGAUGGAAGCAUAAUGGAAAAAAUAGCACCGACUGCUGCCGUUUAGCAUUGAUUUUAAAAAAUAUAUUUCUUUAACCGGGUGAUUAAAGUACGCAUUUAUUUUAUAAAAUAAGACGCGUUUGUUCCUACUAAUCGUGUAUGGUUGUUCCACAAGCGUGCGUGCUAGCUUGCUAACCUAGUCUAAGUAAAGCAAACGGACUCGGUAUGCACCCGACCAACUGUGGCAAAGCAGCUUGUAACAUUUUCAAAAAGUCAUCUAACUAGUUGUGCCAUUUCUAAUUUUGAAGACAGACGAUGGAUUGAAUUUGGGUAACCGUUCGCGAUGGCAACUCCAAGUCCAUGGCCCCAGAGAAUCUCGGAUUUCUCACGGAGUCCAUCUCAGUUCUUGUAUAGCACAACGUCUGAGUGCUUCCUGGCUGAACUCCUGUGCGAACUUAGAGAUGACAAGGCGAGUGAGAGCAUCAAGAUUCCAUUGCUAUCGCUCCUGCAGGAGUACCCCAAUGUCCUGUGCCCCAGCUCCACAGUGGGAGAAGAGACUGUCCUUGAUCUACUGGCCAUCUUCAACCAGGCUCCUCCCAGAUCCAUCAACCUGAAGUGCCACCUGCUGCUGUCAAUCACCAAUGUCUUGGUGUGUACUUCCCGUUUGGAAAAUCAGGGGAAUGCAGCCGAGUGUUUCCUGGACCUCUUGUUUCAGACCGUCCAGGACACGAACGAUCUUAAGGACGGGCAGGCUUUUCACUCUCUCAGGGCCAUAGCCUGCGACUGCCUUCGUGAGGUAGAGACCUGUUUCCCCGGCCUGUUUUCUCAGAAGCUGGAGGCUCUUUACCUCUUGAAGCAGCAAGAGAUGACACCCCUGCACCAGGCAUACGGCAUCUUGUACGCACUGAGCCUGAAGAACGCCAUUCACCUUUUGACUCAGGGAAGUGGGGCUCCCGACGGGGAAUUGAAGAGCCUUUUGUCUGGAAAUGAGGGGUUGGCUUGGAAGGCCAUUGAGAAGCCCCUCCCUCCUUUCCCUGCAAGCUCCAUGAGUCAGGUCCCUGUGCUACAAACAAACGCAAACACAGACAUCCGAGAGCUUCGGUCAAUCAUCUCCAUGCUGCUGGAAGAAUCCUAUCUACUGACCCCCGUAUCCCAAGCUUCCUUGCUCCGAGAGCUUGUGGAGGUCGUGGCGAUGGUCCAGGCUCUCUCCCCAGCCAUUUUUAAGACUCAACUCCUCCGGCUCUUUGGGACCACGGAGGUCACGCUCAUGCACGCCACACUGCUCAUGAAGGCGGCCUUCACGGACAGCCUCUUCACCACAGAGGAUGAGAACUUCUUCAUCAAGAGACUGGUGGGCAUGGCCCAGCACCCGCUGCUGAAAAGUGCACAGAAGCUCUUCUACAUGAACUGCAUCCUCCAUUUUCCAGAGAACCGGCCCAUUUCCAGCAACGGUGAAGAGAGCCUGCCAGUACUGGUCACCCCUCGCCUGGCUGCCUCUCUCCUGCCCACAGUGUUCAACAACAGCAGCACCAUGCUCUGCAGGUUGAGCCUGCUCAGCCUGGUAUACAUGGAGGCAGACGAUGAUGACGACAAAGGGGUAAGCUAUCUGUUCGACCACCUGAUGGCGCUCCACAGAAUCGUGGACAACCACGGCACCAGAGAGAUGACGGUUACGUUUUUCAGAGCCGCUUUUACCUUCCUUGGCUAUUUUUACGACUCUGAGAAAUUCACCAGUGCCCUGACAGCAAGGCUUUGCGAACUGUACUCAAGGCACUGCUACCUUGCACCCAAUCUGAACAACUUGGUAGACCGAGCCCAGGAAUGUUUGGGGGAUUCGGCAUGGCCAAUCCAGCUGCUUAAAGCCUUGCAGAAGGUGAUUGUAGAAUUGCCUGUCCCAGAACUGACUCUCCAGAACCUCAGCUGGCACCUUAAAGUUUUAGGUCGUGUGGCGAGAGAGAGCCAGGUUCCCCAGAGAAAUUCUCUGCGCUUUCUGCUCGGUGUGCUAAUCCACUCCAGCCUGUGCUCCGGAGGAGGCUGGCGAUUGGGAAACGCGGUCCUUGCGGUCUGUCGAAACUUACUCCUGCACCCAAGCUUGGACCAGGUGUUCAUCGAGCUAGCAGACCUCCUGCAGCACAUGAUGCUCCACUAUGAGGACACCGACAUCCAGGAUCACGCCAGGUUCUACUACACCCUGCUGACCAACCUGUCCAGAGAGAAGCUCUCUGGGGUCCUGACCAAGGGGCCAGAAAUCGGGCCGGCGAAAGUGAGAUCCCUGUCCGCCAUCAUGGCAGAAAGCGAUGAGCAGUCCAGCUGCUUGACUGUGCACCAAACGAAGAAGCCAGUGCUGCAGCUCGUGAAGGUCCCACAAAACGAGGCGAGGGCAUCCAGCAAGGGCGAGUCUGAGAAUUUUGAUGACAAGGAGGUGCUGAUGGUUUAUCGGGAACAGUUUCUCGACCCCGUUUUUGCUUCCAAAGUGAAUCUGAAAUGCCAUCUAACGCAUGUCGGGGAAGUGGCAGCUCUUUACCACAAGCUCUUCAGCAUCUGUCUCCAUUUUGAGCUAACAGACACCAAUUAUGAAGAUGUUCAGAACAUCAGCGUGCCGUGCGUCUUCAAGGACAGGAAACCCCCGGUCGUCCAUCUCAAACUGAAGCCUCGCCAUCCUUACCCAACACACCUUCGUGCCAGUGCCAUGUUCGCCACUGAGGAUGGGCUCUCUUGGUACACCCAGCUGGAAGACGUCUUUGUGUCUUUCCCAGAUGUCUUCCUUCCACUCCCCGUCAAAGCUGAUUGGUCCCAGGAGAGCCGAGAGCAGCUCUUUGACCAUAUUUGGAGAUACACAUGUUCCGAGGAAUGCAGCCAGUCCGCCACCAGCCUGUUCUGUUUUGAGCUUGGAGACCGUAGUCUCUGUAGCCUGAUAGACCUGAACUUUCACCCUUACCUGAUCUCCAAAAACCAGAACCAGGAUUGUUACAAGGUCUUGUUCUUCCUCCCUCCUCAAUGUCAUGUGCUACUGAACAUCACAAACACAGAGGAUGCUGUUCACAUUAGUAUCGCUACUGACAACUGGAAGCUUUUACCUUACAUAAACUCUUACUUACAAAAUGUCACAAGUGAGACGCAAAGAAAUGCAGAAAGCAUAGUGCAAGUGCCUGAUGCUAGAAUAGAAAAUGCAUCGAGUGAGGCGUGAAUGGAUAUGAAAAUGACUUGUUUUUACUAAAAUAAAUCCCUUUUAAUGCUUUCCACUAAAUGUUUGCUUAUGAGUUAAAACUUUUGCUAUUGAUUUUCUUUAUAACCAGUCCUGCUGUCUCUGAUUUAUUUUCAUGAACCAUUAUGAAAAUGCUGAUCUGCCUUUUGUUUUGCUUAUUUGCUUCUCGUGAUAUCAUUGUUCUCUUUUUUAAUAUGCCACACUAUGCAUUUUGUUUAGCCACGUGUUGUGAAGGACAGAUUUUUUUCCCUUGUGUGUGGGAAUCUUGUAUAUUGAUUCUAUUUCUGUAAUAAAAUGACAAGUUAAAGUUCA